AUGACUCCAGCAGGGUCUCAGCCCGCACCUGCACCACCUGUUACCGGACCAAGAGGUUCGGAGCCAGAGGCCGCCACACCUCCAAGGCCCGAUGCCGCCCCGCAGCAGGAGGCCACCGGACCUGCUGUGACGACGGAGGCGCCAGCAGCUGCAGCGGCGCCGGACGCCAAGGCGGAGCCCCCUCCAACCGAGCCAGCAGCAGAGGAGGCUGCCGCAAUGGCAGAGGCGGCAGCGCCGGAGGCUGCGGAGGUACCGGAGGUGGCGGCGCCGGAAGCUACAGAGGUGCCGGAGGCGGCGACGCCGGAGGUCGCCGAGGUCGCCAGUACCACUCCACUUGCGCAGGAGGAGGAACCGGAGGUGGUGCUGGGAAGGCGCCUUCUACCAUGUCCAACGGAGGUCCCCCUCCCCCGCCUCUUUGCCAAGAGCGAGCAGGCUCAGGAGGAGCUGCACCGCCUAGGGGACCGCAUCAAGACCGUCUCCGCCCGUUACGCCAGGGAGCGCGCCGAGCUCGUGCUGGGGCGCGAACUCCUGCAGGAGCAGUUGCAGCAGGCUCUCGACCGGGAGGCGGCAGCUGAUCAACGGGAGAGAGCGGCCGUACGGCGGGAGAAGCAUGCCCUCGAGCGGGAGAGAGCGGCGGAGAAGAGGGUGCAGGCGGCGGCGGACAGGGAGAAGAUCGCCCUGAAGCUAGCCAACCAGGCCAAGGUGGUGGUGGAGGUGACCAAGGCGCAGGAGGCUACCCUUGCAGAACUGGAGGCAGCCGCGGCAGAGAGAGAACGCAGGCUUGCCGCCCGCGAAGCAGAGGAGGUCAUGGGGACCCCGCCCUCACUCGGAGCUGUCCUCCCAGCGCUGGAUUCCACCGCCGAGCAACUUCGACACAUGGAGGCCGCCAUUUUCAACCUCCUGGAGACAGAGGGACGGGCGGUCGCCCGAGGGAUGGCGGAGUACAUCCUUACCUGCCUUCGGAGCCACGACCCCUCCUGCGCGCUAACUCCAAUCUUGGUUGGUCCGGUCCCGGCAACGGCGGCCGCUGCACAGGAGAGCGUGCAGGAGGCAGCGGACAUGGUGGCCUUAUGCGUCACAGGAUACCUGGCCUUUGCGUCAUGA